AUGCGCAUCAUGGCGUUGAAUACUGUCAUGGCACGGAAACUUGCUACGGGGUCCACUCCAUCCACCUCAAAACGUUUCAUCGCUCUUUGUUUCGCCUCGUUGAUCAUCUUACUCUUGGCUUGUGUGCCUGCCGCUCGUAGCCAUGUAGGAUGUCUUGUGUUCCGGCUCCUCCGUCCAUUCUUUGUCCUAUUUUCCGACGAAGACCCCCUCGCCCGAUCGAUGAUACAAACAACGCUCUGUAUCCUCCCUGGCGCGAAUUUGGCGUUUGCUACCUGCAGAGCGGUUCCGGAACCGCUGCGUAAAGUCGGCUGGGAGGAGUUCGCCGAGCUUGUCGAUAUACAGUGCUCAUGGGCCACCGGAGCGUUGGACCAGACGUCAGAGGACACGGAAACCGUCUUGCGCCUCCAUUCCGUCAUGCGGAAAAUUCAUACCGCAUCUCAGUACCUCAACUCUAGUACGACACACUUCUAUCCGACGAACGACUCGAUGGGUCUACUCGAUGUCAAUGGCAACGCUACGUUGCACGUCCUGGACCUCGUCCAAGAGAUGUCGACAGUGGCAAGCACUGUCGAAUAUACGCAUCAUGUUUCGUUGAAGUUGAUGCAUGGUUUGCGUACGCUCGCGAGCUCCUCCGUAGGCGGCGUGUUGUACCCGUCUGAACGCUGGCUUGCCGCGCGACUGUUCCAAUCCGUUAUGGCUGAACUACGGGGAUCCCUUUUUCAUGUUGCGAUAGCCUCGAUGGGAACGACAGACGCGCUCCUUCUCCAUCUCGACCACCUUCCGCCCCUCGAAGAGCAUGCGUCGAGGCUCUGUUGGCCCAGGCCUUUGGGCAGAGCAGGAUCUUUUCGCAAGAUCCUGCAACCUCAGGGUCUCGACGACAUCCGGUGCCGCGAUCUAACGCUUGGCCUCGAACUGGCGCGCUUCGACGUCGAAGGGUUGUUGACCUCGGCGCGCAAGAUAUACACGGCGACGAUUGAAAGCUCCCGCCAACUAUCCGCCUUGGAGGAAAGGAUUGCGACACAGGAACCUGCCGCUCCUGAUACACAAGAAACGGGUUGGAUCGUCGCUGGGAUCCCAUGGCACAUGCGACGUGUGGGCUCAGCGAAGACGGACCCGAAGGUUAUGCAGCUACUCCGAGCCCUCGUCUCUGGUUAG